UGAGCAAGGGUGGUCUCGAGUGCCAGUGUCACUUGUCGUGGCUUCGUGAAUGCCCACGAGCGCCGGUGCGCCCUCCCCAGCGGCUCGCGUGCAGCCGGCGGCGGCGGCGGCGGCGGGAUUUGCUUUGCACAACGACUUCUUUUUUCCUUUCUAAAACUUGUAGCUGGUCCGUUCAGACAUUUCCGUUAAUGCAGCUAUGCGUUUGCAGCAUCCCCACUCUCUCCCCGCAAUGAGAAUUGUCAGGCCUGCGUUCCAGUCCGGGUUGGCAGUAGGGAAUGACCUCUCUAAAUUCCUGUGUCCUCUGUAAAGUGAGAGGUUUUGGAAUAUUUAACAACCACGGUUCCUUCCAGGUACCACAGUUUUCUGAACCAAGUUUUACAUAGGCCUUUGUAUCCUUGGGAGACUAUGAAACAAGAUUCACAUAGAGGGCAACAGAAGAAGCAAAAGAGAUCAGGAAAUUGAGGCCCAUAGGACAAGAGUGACUUGCUCUGCCAUGAUAAUGCUAAUUUGUAUGUCAGAGCAGGUAUCCACCCAAGGUUCUUUUGUUACUCAGCAGGUGAAGCAUGAAUCAGAAGCUACUGAAGUUGGAAAACUUGCUACGAUUUCACACUAUUUGUAGGCAGUUGCACAGCUGGAGUCAAAGGAGACUCUUAGCAUGGUGGAAGCGUGGGUUUUCGCCGGUUUAUCCAGUGUGGACAGCGCAGCUGUGUGCCCAGCCCUGGCAGACGGACAUGCUCGCUGGUGCUGCUUUACAUCAGCACAGGCUUUUUGUAACAAAGAAGGAAAAAAGACCACCCAGAUCUCAGUUGUCUCCAGUGAAAUCUAAAAGGGAUGUAGAAGUGUGGGUCGGAAUGACUGUUGAAGAGCUAGCCAAAGCAAUGGCCAAAGACAUAGACUGUGUAUAUGAAGCUUUACUGAACACUGCCAUUGACAUUGAUUCACUGGAAGCAAACUCACACUUAGAUGAAGUCUGGAUCAAAGAAGUUAUAAAGAAGGCAGGAAUGAAGCUCAAAUGGAGCAAAUUAAAACAGGAGAAAGUAAGAGAAAACAAAGAUGCUGUAAGAAGGCCCCAGGCAGACCCAGCUUUAUUAACACCAAGGUUCCCGGUUGUUACUAUAAUGGGUCAUGUUGAUCAUGGGAAAACGACGUUACUUGACAAACUUCGAAAAACUCAAGUGGCAGCAAUGGAGGUUGGAGGCAUCACUCAGCAUAUUGGUGCCUUUCUUGUCUCUCUGCCCUCUGGAGAAAAGAUAACCUUUCUUGAUACUCCUGGACAUGCUGCCUUUUCAGCAAUGAGAGCCAGAGGAACUCAGGUCACUGACAUUGUCGUGUUGGUUGUAGCUGCAGAUGAUGGGGUGAUGAAGCAGACUGUGGAGUCUAUUCAGCAUGCCAAAGAGGCACAAGUUCCUAUUGUCCUUGCAAUAAAUAAAUGCGACAAAACAGAUGCUGAUCCUGAAAAAGUGAAGAAAGAGCUUCUGGCUUACGAUGUGGUAUGUGAAGAUUAUGGUGGCGAUGUUCAAGCAGUGCAUGUCUCUGCACUUACGGGAGAUAAUCUAAUGGCUUUGGCAGAAGCAACAAUUGCUCUUGCUGAAAUGUUGGAACUGAAAGCAGAUCCCACGGGUCCAGUGGAAGGAACAGUAAUAGAAUCUUUCACCGACAAAGGAAGAGGUCCUGUUACAACAGCUAUAAUUCAAAGAGGAACUCUGAGAAAAGGCUCGAUUCUAGUUGCUGGGAAGAGUUGGGCAAAAGUUCGACUCAUGUUUGAUGAAAAUGGAAAACCACUUAAUGAGGCCUAUCCCAGCAUGCCAGUGGGAAUCAUAGGCUGGAGAGACCUCCCUUCUGCAGGAGAUGAAAUUCUUGAAGUAGAAUCUGAGCCAAGGGCCCGAGAAGUUGUUGACUGGAGGAAGAUUGAGCAAAAAGAGGAAAAAGACAAAGAUGACCUGAAAAUAAUGGAAGAAAAGCGAAAGGAGCACCAAGAAGCACGUCGGCAAGCCCGUGCGAAGUAUGGCAGUCUGAACUGGAAGAAGAGGUCAUAUAUGAAGUACCUCGACAGAAAAGGACAGAGACCCGUGAAGCCCAAAGAAAAGGCAGAAAAGAACUCAAAUGUACUUCCUGUGAUUAUUAAAGGUGACGUUGAUGGGUCUGUGGAGGCCAUCUUGAACCUUCUGGAUACUUAUGAUGCUUCCCACGAAUGUGAACUAGAAUUAGUACAUUUUGGAUUGGGUGACAUUAGUGAAAAUGAUGUGAACUUUGCUGAGACAUUUGAUGGUGUUAUUUAUGGCUUUAAUGUGGAUGCAGGCAAAGCUAUCCAGCAAUCAGCUGCACAAAAGGGAGUUAAGAUUAAACUUCACAAAAUCAUCUACCAUCUUAUUGAAGAUUUGCAGGAGGAACUAAGCAGCAGAUUGCCCCCCAGGCUGGAGGAAUACUCAAUAGGUGAGGCUUGCAUACUAGCUACCUUCUCUGUAACAGAAGGAAAGAGAAAAGUUCCUGUGGCUGGCUGCAGAGUCCAAAAGGGACAGUUAGAAAAACAGAAGAAGUUUAAAUUAAUCCGAAAUGGACAAGUUAUUUGGAAGGGCUCAUUAACCUCAUUGAAACACCAUAAAGAUGACGUUUCAGUAAUCAAAACUGGAAUGGACUGUGGUCUUAGUUUAGAUGAAGAAAAAGUAGAAUUUAAAGUAGGAGAUGAAGUUGUUUGUUAUGAGGAAAAUGAAGUUCCAGCUAAGACUUCUUGGGAUCCAGGAUUUUAAAAGUACAAUAAAAAUGAUGUAUUGUUUCCUUA